GGGGCCUGCCCUUCUCUGCUCCGGGCCAUGACGAUUCUGCGAUUAAUCAUGUUUGCUCUGAUGACAGGGCAUGUAGGGGGAGAGACCAGGAUCAUCAAGGGGUACGAAUGCACUCCUCAUUCCCAGCCCUGGCAGGUGGCACUGUUCCAGAAGACCCGGCUGCUCUGUGGGGCAACCCUCAUCGCUCCCAAAUGGCUCCUGACAGCAGCCCACUGCCGCAAGCCCCGUUACGUGGUACACCUGGGGGAGCACAACCUCCAGCGACAGGAUGGCUGUGAGCAGACUCGAACAGCCACUGAGUCCUUCCCCCACCCAGAGUUCAACAACAGCUUCCCCAACAAAGACCACCGCAAUGACAUCAUGUUGGUGAAAAUGGCGGCACCAGCUUUCAUCACCCGGGCUGUGCGGCCCCUCACCCUGUCAUCACACUGUGUCACCGCCGGCACUCACUGCCUCAUUUCUGGCUGGGGCACCACAUCCAGCCCCCAGUUGCACCUGCCCCACACCUUGCGAUGUGCCAACAUCACCAUCAUUGAGCACAAGGAGUGUGAGGACGCCUAUCCUGGCAACAUCACGGACACCAUGGUGUGUGCCAGUGUUCGGAAAGAGGGCAAGGAUUCCUGCCAGGGUGACUCUGGGGGACCUCUGGUCUGUAAUGGUUCUCUGCAAGGCAUUAUUUCCUGGGGCCAGGAUCCAUGUGCUGUCACUAAAAAGCCUGGUGUCUACACAAAGGUCUGCAAAUAUGUGGACUGGAUCCAGAAGACCAUGGAAAGCAAUUAGCCGGGAUCAGCUUGCCACAGUCCAACCUUAAUCCUUACUGGGCGACCUGGUUCCUGUU